CAAAACACGUGUGGAGCCACGCUGAGGAGACAAUUACGCACCGGUGCGCACUGCGCGCCGCGAGACUCCAAAGUGGACAUUUCCAAACUUCCACAGCUAGGUAAGCAUCACUUUAACCAAACUGGAAGCUACUCAUCGACACUGCAAUGUUUUGUUUAAACUGGACGGAAUCGAUCUGUUUUUGAUCUGAAGUGAAUGGACCUGUGAUUUGGGUGGUAGAAGGAAGAAAACAUUUUGUGUGCGCUUGUCUGGAUAAAUAUACAUGUGUCAUGUCUGCGGAAAAGAAUUCAGCAGAGCCAGAAGUUCACCCUGAAAGUGAAGAAUGUCCCGGAGAAGAUUCAUUUGGCUUUGGAGAUGAUCUGGAACUGAAUCGGUUCGAUGGAUUGCCCUUUUCCUCACGGUACUACAAAUUAUUAAAAGAAAGGAAAACUCUGCCUGUAUGGAAGGUCCGGUGCCAGUUUGAGGAUGUUUUGGCCGAAAACCAACUGGUUAUUGUGUCUGGGACAGCCAAGACUGGUAGAAGUACACAGAUCCCUCAGUGGUGUGCAGAGUUCUGUCUGUCGGCCCAGUACCAGCAUGGGAUGGUGGUGUGCACGCAGACCAACAAGCAGCAGGCUGUGGAUUUGGCCUUACGCGUGGCUGACGAAAUGGAUGUCAACAUAGGCCAUGAAGUGGGUUACACCAUCCCUCUGGAGACCUGCUGCUCCUCUGACACUGUUUUGAGAUACUGCACUGAUGAUAUGUUGCUGAGAGAGAUGAUGUCAGACCCUUUCCUGGAGCACUACGGGGUCAUUAUUAUCGACCAGGCCCACGAGAGGACAGUUAGCACUGAUAUACUGCUGGGUCUCCUCAAGGACAUCUUGCUGCAGAGGCCUGAGCUCAGAGUGGUGGUCCUCACCGUCCCACCCAUGACUGACAAGCUGCUGAAACACUACGGCAGCAUCCCGCUCAUCAGUCUGGAGGCCUCGAGUCCUGCCGAGGUGGUCCACAGCAACAGCAGCAACAAGGACUACUUCUACUCAGCACUGAGGCUGGUGCUGGAGAUCCAUCGAACCAAAGAGGGAGGAGAUGUUGUUGUGUUUUUUGCUUCAGCUGAGGAGGUCCACUGUGCCUCCAGCAUCCUCCAGAGAGAAGGCACCAGGCUGGGAGGGGAGCUGGACCAACUGGUACCCGUAGUCCUGUGUCCGGGCCCAGGAGGGCUACUGCCGGUCCUGACCCAGCAAUCAGGCUCUACAAAGUCCAGGAAGGUUUUUCUCUCCACCCAGCACGGGGAGGAUGUGUGGUGGGACACGGAGUCGGUCAACUUCGUUAUUGACACAGGAGUCCAGAAAAAAAUGGUGUACAAUCCAAGAGUAAGAGCUCACUCAGAGGUACUUCAGUCCAUUAGUCAGUGUCAAGGAGACAUACGCAAGCAGCUGUCUGGACCAACAGGUAAAUGUUUCUGCCUGUAUCCGGAGGCAAACCCAUCAGAAAGCUCCCCACAGAUCCUGGAAUCCAACAUCACCCCAACGGUUCUUUUCCUAAAGCGGAUGGAGAUAGCCGGGCUGGGACAGUGCAAUUUCAUCGACAGACCAGAUCCUGAGGGUCUCAUGCAGGCGCUGGAGGAGCUGGAUUACCUUGCAGCUUUAGAUGACGACGGCAACUUGUCUGAAAUUGGCAUCAUAAUGUCUGAAAUCCCUCUGGAUCCUCAGAUGGCCAAAGCUCUGCUGGCAUCCUGCGAGUUUGACUGUGUGAGCGAGAUGCUGACAGUAGCAGCCAUGUUGUCAGCACCAAGCUGCUUCCUGGAGCCAGCUGCUGGCAUGAGCCACGAGGCAGUCCAGUGUCACAGGAAGUUCCAGCACCCUGAAGGCGACCACUUCACCCUCAUCAACAUCUACAACGCCUUCAAACAGAGCCAGAGAGAGCAAUAUUUGACUGUUGAAAAGUGGUGCCAGGACUAUUUUCUGGAUUAUUCCGCCCUUAAGACAGCCGACGCCAUUAGAUCAGAGUUGACUGACACUCUGAACAGAAUCGAGCUUCCCAUUUCUGAACCCUCCUUCGGAACCAAGACCAACACUCACAACAUCAAGAGAGCUCUGCUGGCCGGAUUCUUCAUGCAGAUUGCUCGUGAUGUGGACGGAUCAGGAAACUAUUUCAUUCUGACACACAAGCACAUGGCCCAGGUUCACCCACUCUCCAGUUAUGGGGCUCAGUCGCACAAACUGGGACUUCCAGAGUGGGUUGUUUUCAACGAGUACACUCUGUCAGAAAACAACUGCAUGAGAACAGUGUCUGAAAUUUCCCCUCAAGUGUUCAUUCAAAUGGCACCCCUGUACUUCUUCUACAACCUGCCCCCUAGUGAAAGCAAAGACAUACUGCAAGACAUGUUGGACCCAGAGGCAUCCAACAAGGAGAAGAAACUUCGAGCUGCUGCUGACGACAGCGGCUGCACAGUGGUGACGCAAACUUACGACAGAUGUGUGAUUCAGUGAAGUGAAAUCUCAAAUCUAGGUUGCAGCUCUGCAGCCAAACACAACAAUGGUUGUAAGAUCUUUUGUAGUCAGCGCGAGCCAGAGACUGAAAUAUUUAUUACACAGCUUAAAAGCUGUUUUUCAAGGUUGCAUGCACAUGACUGAAUCAUGUGAAGAGUCCAGUGAGUUGGCAUGAUGUAAAAAGUAGUAAAUAUAUCACCUUUUAUCAGCUGUGGACAACAGAUGUAGCCUUGUUGCUUUCUUUUAGUGCUAGAAGAUAGAUUUUCCCUGUCAGUUUUUUUUCCCCCUCACCUUACCCUUACUCUGCUCUCCCCAUCAACACUGGAAAUGUGCAUAUCUUGACAGUUUAGACUUUAAUGAGCAGCAGAGGGGCUGCAGGAGGAUGUUGUGGUACUUUAAAGGGAGAAAACACGAGCAUACAUCAUCGUCCACAUCACCAGGAAGAUUCAAAAAGGCAGCCUAGCACUUAGAUGCUGAUACAAACUGCUGGAAAAGUCAUUUGUCAUAAUGUCAGUUUCCUUGUUCCUUAUGCAAAGCUGUUGUUUUUCCAGGUGUCGCACCUUCAGGUUACUGUGGUAUAAGAGCAUCUAGUUUAAAAGAUGUAUGAACUAACACGUGUGAAAGCAUGCACAGGAAUAAUUUAUUAAAAAUCACUGCAAGGAAAUCUACAGAAAUUCUUGUAAAGAAAGUAGGUACUGCUUGGGAGAAUGGUGCUUUGGCAAUUAUUCAGGAAUUUCCUUCUUUUUUUAAAAGGUGACUGCUGGCUCUAUUACUCUUAAUAUCUACAGUUUUGUACACAUUUAUGAAAAUAAAUGUACUGAAGAGCAA